CUGGAGGAGUCUGUGAGCCUGUACCGUAACUGCAUGAAUAGACGACCUCUGCAAGAAAAGGCCCACUGCAAGACAAACGCCUGCGCGCCUUCUCACCGUGUCGUGCUGGCAGUACUUCGGCUGAGCUGCGGAAGAGUUUGGUGUGAUCACUUCCACCCAGAGGAUGAAGACCAGGAUCAGGCUUUACAGGAACAAUACCGUUACUAAAAGUGUUUUGGAGAGCGGGCUAACAAUGCUUUGGAUUCUUUGUACGCUGCGUUCAUGAACAUGUAUCAUGAAGGAGGAGCCGUGUUCUCACGCCGUGUUCUUUCUCUUUGCCCUUUUGUCUGAUCGAGCCGUUUCUGCUACUCUACUAUAAAAGCACAAGAAUCCAGAAUGUGGUACAGAAGCGACUUUGAAGAUGGAUACGAGUCGAAUAAAGCAGGCUCAUGUGGCAAUGGCUCUCCAGGAUGUCUUCUUGGCCAUGAGUCAACCUGUCACAGCAACCCUCCUGGCCCUGGGGACAGUAUUUGUGGUGGGCGCCGACACAGCACCGUGUCUGACAGUGGUGACACUGGUAUUGGCACUUGCUCUGACAGUGUGGAAGAUGACUCCAGUUCCAGCACCACGCCCUUGUCUUUCCAGCCACCGACCCAACAUCACUUGGGCCAGGAUGAUGAUGGGAUCCCCAUUGUGCAUAUCAUGCCAUCCCCAUCCUCCUCACCCUACACCAGUUUUAGAAUUCCAGCCUCACCCAGGAGCACAAGUGGCUGGAUCAGGUCUUGCCAACAGGUUACACCAACCAUGUCUCCCCUGGGUGCACCAAGCUGUCUGGACAUGAAAAACCAUCAGCCCAUUCGGAGGUGGUCCUCUCUCACCAAGUUGUCAUCUGGGACUGACAAGAGUUCCACUAGGCCUUCGGUUAAUCAAUACAACCUAGGUUCACAAGGGUCCCUAGACAGAGGCCUGUUAUAUGGGCACCGAAAAGAGGCCCUUACUUCAAAUGUGGACCUUUAUCUACCUUUAUCUUCCUCCGUGCUUGGCCAUAGCUUGCAGCAGCGCUCACCGGGUGCUGGCCCCUGCUACCGGUACAACCACAGUGGUAGUCCCACUGGUUUGGAAACAGACUUCUCCUCAGCUGUGCCCUUACCACUAAGACAUAACAGCUUGGACAUGAACUGCAGUGCUUUACCAGAGGCUAAACUGGCUCAGGGAGGUGGACAGGUUUGUAGUCUUGGCUUACCUAAACAAGCAGACUCACCACUGGGUCAUCAGACUGAUCGAGGCUCCCCAGUUCAGACUGCAAUUCGCACCCAGAUGUGGCUGACUGAGCAGAUGGAGUACAGGCCCAAAGUACAGCGUAGAGGUAAACCUGGUCAAAUCAACACAGGUAAUGGAACAGAAGGCUGUGGUGCAGAAGAGGCGUCACCAUGGCAACAGGGACACCAGCAGGAGCCAGGGCUUAACUUGAUGCUGAUGGGGACCUCUCUUCCUGUCAACACUCUGGUGAAGGUUAAAGAGGGACUGCUUAGACAGAAAGAACUGGAGAUAGAUAGACAAAAGCAGCAGAUUUUGCAGCUCCAUGCCCGGAUCAGGGAGAAUGAGCUUAGAGCACAGCAGGUUCUGCAGAGCCAGAGAGGAUGGUUUGAUGACUUCCACAUUUUAAAUACUAAGGAAUCAGCAAUGAGAAGACCAAGCAAACAGCCAUCUGACGAAGAACUUAGUAGGAAACUAGUGGUAACUGAACUGGAAGUACUCCAUUUGAAUGAGUUCUUCAAGCAAGUCACACGGAAAUAUACAGAAGACAUCAGGAAACUGGAGGAAAAGAUAAAGACAAGAGAUCGCUACAUCAGUAGUCUGAAAAAAAAGUGUCAGAGAGAGAGUGAACAGAACCAAGAAAAACAGCAACGUAUAGAGACACUGGAGAAAUACCUGUCUGACCUACCAACGCUGGACGAGGUGCAGGCCCAGUCCCAGCAGCAGGAGGAGGUACAGCAGAAAGCCAAGGAUCUGGAGAAGACCCUGUCUCAGUUACAGAAGAGCCUCGAGGAAGGAUGUUCUCUGAUUACAGAGAAGAGCAUCAAGAUUGAGAUGCAGGCAAAGAGAGAGAAGGAGUUGAUUGUAUCUGUACACGGCCUACAGAAGAAGGUGCAGCAAUGUUUGGGCGAUGGGGUGAGGUUGCCAAUGCAGGACCUAAAGCAGCUUGAAGUGGAAAACACUCAACUUCUGGAGCAAAAAGACCACAGUGGCAGGCUGAUUCAGCAUCAAAAAGAACAGAUUGAAAGACUGACCUCACAACUAGCGGCCACAAGUACAAGACUGCAAAAGAAAAGAGGCCUUCAUCAAGAGUCUUAUCCACUAGAAAAGAAGGAAAGCCUGGCCAUCCCAUGUGGAGACUUCCCACAGAAGCAGUGGCAGAUGAAUGAAGGGCUGUUGAUGCAUCCUCUAUCCCAUGUGAAGACACCAGAAGUGGGCCGGCUGUUGAAAGAGAUGUCUUUGUGUCUACUGGACCUGCAGGCUCUGUGUGGCAUCCUGGCUCAGAGAGCACAGGGGAAAGAGCCCAACCUGUCUCUGCUUCUGGGCAUGAAAUCAUUGAGUGUUUCAGUGGAGGAGAGUGACUGCAGAGUGCUGGUAGAAGAAGAACUGAGGCUCAAGCUGCUAGAGGUCAGCCAGCUGAGGAGAGACAUUGAUGAGCUAAGAAAAAGCAUGUCAGAUUGCUAUGCUCAGUAUAUGGGUGACAGCUGUGUCUCCCAGUGACACCCAGUACCCUCCAGCUCUCAUGGCGUGGUGGUGUGUCUGAACUCUUUUGCUACUCAAUAUGUCAUUAAUAACCACGUAAAUAAUGAUAUUAUUAGUGCCAUAAUAAUAAGGUCCAUAACAAUGCUGAAUUUCCCUUAAGGAAGUGUUUUGUGUCACUUUCAUGGUGUUGUUGAUGACAGAUGAUGUUGUGUGGGGGUAAUGAGGUUUUGUCAUUUUAUUUUGCCAAUGUAACGUUCUGCCUCAAAAGAAAAAGUGAGGCCAGCAACAGACUUUUGUUCAACAAGCACACAGAGGCCAGAAAGGAAAGUGUGUAGACACAGCAGACAGGCCAAGACAUAAGAGGCUCAACUGGGAGGGGAGCAGUAGGCAGGAUGGGCAUCAGAGAGGCAAUGACAGCAUGUAGAGCCAGAAUAUUUUAUAUGUAACUCAUGAAAUGAAGACUUUAUUGAGACCAAACGAGAGUUGGUGAUUGUUGGAACAAUGAAAACACUAACCAAGACGGGUUUAGUGAGUUUCAUUUUGUUUCUGUCAACUCUGAAUUUAAACAGUCCACACCAUGCCACUUCCAUCAGUGCACUUUUAUUUAUUGUAAUUGUUAUUGUAUUGUGUUUAUAUGAGGGGCAUUUUAUGCCAACACACUAUACUAAAAACGUGUGUAUAGCGCCUAUGCGAUGACAUCAAACCUCUAACGUGUGUGUGUAAAUUCCAAUCACUUUCAAUGGACAGA